AUGAUGCAGGCCUGCACAGCGUCGGCCACACUCAACGGCAUCGCCCCCGCCGGAGGACCGCUCCAGGUCGCCAUCAUUGGUUCCGGCAACUGGUGGGUGUUCGAGGAGCUCGUGCAGGGUCGCAAGCUGACCGACAUCAUCAACACGCAGCACGAGAACGUCAAGUAUUUGCCGGGCAUCAAGCUGCCCGCGAAUGUCGUGGCGGAGCCUGACCUCCUCGAGACGGUCAAGGACGCACACCUGCUCGUCUGGGUGCUCCCGCAUCAGUUCGUGGGGUUCACGUGCAAGAAGGUGCUGGGCCACAUCAGACCCGAUGCCAAGGCUAUCUCACUCAUCAAGGUCGGCCUCGCACCUCCAUCCACGCAGCUGCUCGGAAUUGAUGUGAGCGUCCUGUGUGGCGCCAACAUCGCUAAUGAGGUGGCCAAGGGCGAGUUCAGCGAGGCGACCAUCGGGUACAAGGACAAGGAGGUCGGCGCGGUCUGGAAGAAGCUCUUUCACAGCCCCACCUUUCGCGUCAACACGGUCGACGAUGUGGCCGGCGUGGAGGUGUGCGGAGCGCUGAAGAACGUGGUCGCCCUGGGCGCCGGCUUCUGUGAUGGUCUCGGAUAUUCGUCUAACACGAAGGCGGCCAUCAUUCGAUGUGGGCUCGAAGAGAUGCGAAGGUUUGCCGACACCUUCUUCAAGAACAUCAAGGCGCAGACCUUUUUCGAGAGUUGUGGGGUGGCCGACCUGAUCGUCACCUGCUUCAGCGGGCGCAAUCGGAAGGUGUCCGAAGCCUUUGUCGUGACGAAGAAGAGCUUCGAGGAGCUCGAGAAGGAGUUGCUCGAUGGCCAAAAGCUGCAAGGCACCCUCACCGCGCAAGAGGUCCACGAAAUCCUGGAGAAGCGAGGCCUCACACUCAAGCACAUCAUCGCCUUUGACGAGUCCUCGGCCUCUGCUUGA